UAUCGAAUAGACGUAAAACAAACAUUAUCAAAAAUGAAACUGAUUGUACUAGUCGUUGCCGCCCUCGUGGCCGUCGCCCUCGCCGCACCCGCGGAAAAGGAACCCACCAAAAUUCUUCGUUCCGAUUUCGAACAGCAGCCUGAAGGUGGAUACAAUUACGCGUUCGAAACUGAAGACGGCAUCAAAAAGGACGAGAACGGUGAGCUUAAAACCGUGAAUGACGAGGAGAACAAACCCCACGAAGUUGUAGUGGUGCGCGGCUCGUAUAGCUACACCGACGCGGACGGCAAACUCCACGCCGUCACCUACUACGCCGACGAAACCGGCUUCCACGCUGAAAGCGAAGACAUCCCCAAGGCCGCCUAGGUUUUCAACGGUCAAACCUGACCAUCAGUCAAACCGUGCCACGAACUUAAAGCCUAGUUAAGUCAAC